AUGCCGGCAUCGGCGGCGGAGGCCACCACGAUAACCAGCAAGACCUCGUCAACGGUGGUCGUCCACACCGGCGAGCAUCUGUUCAAGGUCGUCGGCCACUCCCUGGUCACAGGAAGCAACACCAUCCUCACGUCCGAGACCUUCCGCGCCGGCGGCCACGACCGGGCCAUCGCCUACUACCCAAACGGCCGCGUCCCGAGGGUUGAUGAGCAGUUCACGUCUGUGUUCCUCAAGCUGAUAAGCCCCGGCGAGGGUGAGGUCAGGGCGUCCUACUCCUUCUGCCUCCAGGAUCCUGAAAUGCCAUCGACCAACAAAUUUAUUUUUGGCAAAACAUCAUGUAAGUUCUUGUUCGGCGGUAAGGGUUUGGGCACCAGCAGCUUUGUUAGCAAAGCCGAUUUGGCCACGUCCGGGUGCCUCAAGGAUGACUGCCUCGUGAUCAAGUGCACCGUUGAAGUCUACAAAGUCAUCCGUGAGGACGAAGAUAGCGGUAACAUCACCGUGCCGCCCUCCAACUUGAGCAUAGAUCUCAGCGAUCUUCUAGAGAGCGGCCUCAAGGCAGACCUCACUGUCAACAUCGGUUCGUCCAAGAGUUUCAAGGUGCAUGCGUGCCUGCUCAGUGCGCGGUCACCGGUCUUCCGCGCACAACUAUGCGGCUCCAUGAUGGAAAGCAGGUAG